GAGACAGUAUGUUCUUACGUAGCCAAACGGGCCUGAAAUUUGCUGUGUAGCUAUGGGCUGGCCUCAAUCUGGAUCCUCCUGUGUCCCGCCUACCCAGUGCUGGGGUUACAAGUGUGUACCACAGAUGCCAAGUACCCUAGGGGUUUCUUACUCCAUGCCAGUGGAAAAUGUGCCUUACCUAUAGUUAUGACAAGUGUGGCCCCUGGCUGCCUUUGAAUAAAAUCUAGUCUAAUAGCUGAGGCUGGACUGGGUCCCUACUGAGGCUGGACUGGGUCCCUAUCCAACCUCACUGAAUAAGACACUGAAGAGCAGAGGACAAAAGCCGAAAUUUACCAGCCCUGCCCCUCCUCCCUGAAUAGAGGGUGGGAGGGUCUUUAAGGAGACUUUGAUCCCUGUUGGGCUCCAGCUUGUAGAGGGAGGGGCUCAGGUUACAGCAUCCCCCUCCCUGAUUGAGCUGGCCCUUCUCCGCCCCUUGGUGACCCUAGUGGUCAGUUGCUCUGGGCUUCAGGGCCUCUGGCCCCUCCCCAGCCCUUCCUCUUCUUCUAUUCCCAGUCCUAUGCUGACCAGAGCCUGGGAACCACCCACAGUGGUUGGGAGAGGGCCAGCCAGUAUUUUGUGGACAGGUUCUGAGAGGCCCCAGGUUCAGAGAAGAGCAUCGUCACCUGUGAGCUCCAGCCUUGCGGGGUCCAAGAGUCCCAGGAGAGGGUCCUUUGAGGUAGGGGGUAGUGAUCCUGGGUCCAGGACCCUAUAGGGUGGAUGCCUAUAGGGAGUCUCAGCUGGUGGCCACACACUCCCACUCCCUGGCCCUGUGGUCCCCAUGCCUGCCCCACAGCUACUCCUGCCUCUGCUCUUUGUCUUCGUGCUCAUCCAUCUGACCUCGGAGACCAACCUGCUGCCAGAGCCUGGAAGCCAUCCUGGCAUGUGCCCCAACGAGCUCAGCCCCCACCUGUGGGUCGACGCCCAGAGCACCUGUGAGCGUGAGUGUACCGGGGACCAGGACUGUGCGGCAUCCGAGAAGUGCUGCACCAAUGUGUGUGGGCUGCAGAGCUGCGUGGCUGCCCGCUUUCCCAGUGGUGGCCCAGCUGUACCUGAGACAGCAGCCUCCUGUGAAGGCUUCCAAUGCCCACAACAGGGUUCUGACUGUGACAUCUGGGAUGGGCAGCCAAUUUGUCGCUGCCGUGACCGCUGUGAAAAAGAACCCAGCUUCACAUGUGCUUCUGAUGGCCUUACCUAUUACAACCGCUGCUACAUGGACGCAGAAGCCUGCCUGCGGGGUCUCCACCUGCACGUUGUACCCUGUAAACACAUUCUCAGCUGGCCACCCAGCAGCCCAGGACCACCUGAGACCACUGCUCGCCCAACCCCUGGGGCUGCUCCCAUGCCACCUGCCCUGUACAAUAGCCCCUCACCACAGGCAGUGCAUGUUGGGGGGACAGCCAGCCUCCACUGUGAUGUUAGUGGCCGUCCACUACCUGCUGUGACCUGGGAGAAGCAGAGCCAUCAGCGGGAGAACCUGAUCAUGCGCCCUGACCAAAUGUAUGGCAACGUGGUUGUCACCAGUAUUGGACAGCUAGUCCUCUACAAUGCUCAGCUGGAGGAUGCAGGCUUGUAUACCUGCACUGCACGAAAUGCUGCUGGCCUGCUGCGGGCCGACUUUCCCCUUUCCGUUUUACAGCGGGCAACUACUCAGGACAGGGACCCAGGUAUCCCAGCCUUGGCUGAGUGCCAGGCCGACACACAAGCCUGUGUUGGGCCACCUACUCCCCAUCAUGUCCUUUGGCGCUUUGACCCAGAGAGAGGCAGCUGCAUGACAUUCCCAGCCCUCAGAUGUGAUGGGGCUGCCCGGGGCUUUGAGACCUAUGAGGCAUGCCAGCAGGCCUGCGUUCGUGGCCCCGGGGAUGUCUGUGCACUGCCUGCAGUUCAGGGGCCCUGCCAGGGCUGGGAGCCACGCUGGGCCUACAGCCCACUGCUACAGCAGUGCCACCCCUUUGUAUACAGUGGCUGUGAAGGAAAUAGCAAUAACUUUGAGACCCGGGAGAGCUGUGAGGAUGCUUGCCCUGUACCACGCACACCACCCUGUCGUGCCUGCCGCCUCAAGAGCAAGCUGGCUCUGAGCUUGUGCCGCAGUGACUUUGCCAUCGUGGGGAGACUCACAGAGGUCCUGGAGGAGCCUGAGGCUGCAGGCGGCAUAGCUCGUGUGGCCUUGGAUGAUGUGCUAAAGGACGACAAGAUGGGCCUCAAGUUCUUGGGCACCAAAUACCUGGAGGUGACAUUGAGUGGCAUGGACUGGGCCUGCCCAUGCCCCAACGUGACAGCUGUCGAUGGGCCACUGGUCAUCAUGGGUGAGGUUCGUGAAGGUGUGGCUGUGUUGGACGCCAACAGCUAUGUCCGUGCCGCCAGCGAGAAGCGAGUCAAGAAGAUUGUGGAACUGCUUGAGAAGAAGGCUUGUGAACUGCUCAACCGCUUCCAAGACUAGCUUUAUGCACAAUCCCAUC